AUGAAUCGUACGAUGGACCUUAUGGAGAUCGAUGAAAGUGGAGAUUCGAGCAGCUGCAGUAUGACAAACAACCAUAACAAUCAAGCUGAAAUAUCGGUCAUGGACGGAAUUACCCACCAUCCAGAUUUGAGUUACUUAAGAGCAACACCAGCCUAUGGUACAAGCAGCUCUACUAGUAGCAAGUAUGGGAGUCCUGAAGAAUCUUUUGGCGAAGAAGAUGAUGACAAUAACAACAACAAUAACAAUGAUAACAUCAAGAAACUAACACGACGCAAGACGGAUUCAAAUAGCAAACGUCCAUGGACUCGAGAAGAGAAUGAAAAGCUUAUGCAAUUGGUCAAACAGUAUGGUGCAAAACGCUGGUCACUCAUUGCCAUGCAUUUACCAGGUCGUGUGGGUAAACAGUGUCGAGAGAGAUGGCACAAUCAUUUAAAUCCUUCUGUUCGCAAGGAUGCAUGGACUGCUGAAGAGGAUUAUGUGAUUUUUGAGUGUCAUAAGAAUGUGGGGAAUCAAUGGGCCGAGAUCUCGAAGAUGCUUCCUGGCCGAACGGAUAACGCCAUCAAGAAUCGAUAUUACUCGACAAUGCGUCGCAUACAGAGACAAUCAAUCCGGAAGAAAGGACCUGUGCGUGAGGGCAAGAGCAUUCGAGUGGCAUCUGUGUCGUCAUCGCCUGAUCAUAAUAACAACAACCUAAUGUGUUCGUCAUCAUUGCAACGAGCCAUGAACGGUCUGCAACCUCAAUUAUCGUCGCACCAACAGAUUGCACAACAACAGCAAGGGCCAGAUGGCAACUCAAUGGUUGACUUUGAUCGCUCAAAUAUGAUGAGUUCUUCUCUACGGCAACCAUCGUCGGUUUUUUCUGUUAACGGUGGCAGCUAUUCGAACAUUUUGAGCCAAGAUUAUAAUUGUCCCAUGUCCAUGGCAACGUCAUCAUGCUCGACCACUGACGAUAUGAACCAAAGUAACCAGAAUGAAACUUUUGAUUACGUUCCAAUACAGGCGUCCAUCCAACGUCUUCGGUCAUCAAGUCCUGGAUCGGUUGCGAUGGGCACGCCUCCUCCUUCAACAAUGAUGAACUCACCGUACGGCUCGCCGGCAAGCCAUGUGCAUCAACACCAGCAGCAGCCUAGCAAUUUCAUGAUGUCGGGAAACCCGUACUCAAACAACAAUAUGCGUGGUGGAAUGUACUUAGGGCCGUCCGGUCCUGGAUCGGCUCAGCAGUAUCGGCAAGCGGAUUCACCCCCUGUGAGUUUCUCGCACAAGCGUAUUCUUGAUGUUCAAGGCUCACAACGUGAUAUGUGGAAGAAUGACAGUCCCGUGUCAGUAUCAGCGCCUAUUUUCCGAGGUGUACCUGUACCGCAGCAGCUUCAACAAGGUCAAGUAAACGAACAGCAGAUGGCUAUGCAGCAGUCGAAGUCGGUCUCCACACCCUUAUAUAGUAGGCAAACAUCGAGCAUGGGCCACUUCACGAACAUGGAGCAGGUGUGGACGGAUGAUGCUUAUCUGUGA